AAAGGUCUUUUUACUACUUUCUUUUCGACUUUAUUCCAUUACACUCAAGGACAGGGGUAAUAAGUAUGGGCAGUGAAGGUGAUCUUUUGAUUCCUGUUGUCAUGUGCUACGUGCUAUCCGAUGGUGUGUACUUUGCAAUCCAAUCAGGGACGAAAAGAGUGUAAUCCACGAUAAUCCCACAGCUCUAGACAAACAGAGAAACCUCAGAUAACUUUCGCCGUUAAGGGGAGCAGCUAUUAUCUCUAAGGGCUGUGUAACAACUGGGCUUUAGACAGUUCGUGAAACACUUGACUGCUUUUUUGUCUGUCCCUCUGCUCUUGUCCGACAGCUGCCUGCCUGGCUGUAUCCUGCACCAUUGUUGUCAGAGUUAGCUCUCCAUAGAAACGCUCUCCCAGAGGAAGAGGAGGAGCAGGAGACCCUCUGCUUCAGGAUGAAGGAGAGCCUCUACAGUGUGAUCAAAUAGAUUGAGCAGGUGCAGGUGAAGUCUACAAGAUACAGGAGGAGCUGGAUGAAGUCAAAUCCUCAGGCACCCUGUGAACAUGCCUACUGCAGCUCCUGCAUCAGCAGCUGGCUGCUUCAUCACCACACCUGUCCAGAAGACAGACUGCCAUUAGAUGUGAGCAACCUCAAACCCCUGUACCGGUACAUGCGCAAUGACCUGAACCGCCUGCAGAUCCGCUGUAUGAAUGCAGCACACGGAUGUGAGGUGGUCUGCUCCCUGGAGAGCCUGCAUGCACAUGAGGACGAGUGUGUGUUUGCCUUCAUAUCCUGCUCUAACACCGGCUGCCCCGUGCAGGUGGAGAGGAGAGGUUUGGAGGUGCACAUGUCAGAAUGCAGCUUUCGUAGCAGAGAAUGUCCCAACGGCUGCGGCCACAUUCUCUACUCUACUGACCAAUCACAACACAACUGUGUGGCAGAGCUACGCACAGAAGUGGAGAUGCUGAGGGCAGAGAUGCUGUGUAAGGUAGAGGAGGUGAGACGGGAGAUGGAGUCACGCUUGGACUCGCAGAGGAGACACAUGGUGCAAAAGGAGUCACAGCUGAAGAAUGAGGUGGAGGAGAUGAAGGGUCAGAUAUCCCGUGUGAUGUGUGACAUGCACGCUGUGUUGGGAGCAGAGCGCCUGAGGAGGCAGGAGUUAGCAGAGGCAGAGCUUGAGAAGAGGGAACUGUUGGAGCUUCUCCGAGACCUGCAGUUCACGAAGAAUCAACAAUCGGCAGAGCCGUCAGUCAAGAGCCAGCUCCAGGAAGAUGAGCAGACACCCUGCAGGGACCGGACUCGCCAGCCGGGAGAGACUCCUUUACAUGCCUCCAGUCUGUCCCUGGCCUCACCUCCCAACUGCGCCGGCCACUCCUCACCUCAGCUGGGGGACGGGCUGCGAAAAGGCCCCCGCAGUUUGACUCUCCAAUGCAUCAAAAGGAAAAGUCGGGAGGUGACGGUCAUCUGA